UUGAAACCAUGUACUGUUAUUAUAGUGUAGCGGCAGUUCUUUUCUUGUGCGUGAGCGGGCACUGGUUUUGUGAGUAGCACAUGAAGUGCUACCUGCGUUUGAGAGUAUCUCACCACUGUGAGCUUCAAGAUGGUUGACAGCCUCGUUAAUACCCGGGCAAAUGCCAAGCGGAUUGCAAACAUCGAGAAUUGCUUUGGGAGCUCCGGGCAGCCAUUGGCUUCCCAUGGUCGUGUGCUUGUGGGAGAGGGUGUCCUCACAAAGAUGUGUCGCAAAAAGCAAAAACCGAGGCAGUUCUUCCUCUUCAACGACAUACUCGUCUAUGGCAACAUCUUGAUCAACAAGAAGAAAUACAACAAGCAGCACAUUAUUCCCUUGGAAGAAGUCAAGCUGGAGAACCUAGGGGACGAUGGAACUGGGCUGAAGAAUGGCUGGCUCAUCAGGACCCCGACCAAGUCCUUUGCCGUCUAUGCAGCAACUGCCACAGAAAAGACAGAGUGGAUGGCACAUAUCAACAAAUGCGUUGAGGACACCAUCAGGAAAACUGGGAAAUACCCAACAAAGGAGCAUGCCGCCGUGUGGGUUCCUGAUGCCGAGGCCGGCUACUGCAUGCACUGUCGAAAGACCCAGUUCACCAUGCUGAACCGUCGGCACCACUGCCGCAAGUGUGGUACCGUGGUGUGUGGCCCGUGUUCCAACCGUAAGUUCCUGCUGCCGGCGCAGUCCACCAAACCUCUGCGGGUCUGCCUCACCUGCUAUGAUGCUUUGUCAAGGGCGUCCAUCUUGGAGUUAACCACGGGUGGCAUGGCAAGAGUUCAACAAAAGAUGGACAAGCCAGUCACUGGUGCUGACUCCUCCGGAGAGGAUGACUCUGACUACGACGAUGAUGACAACAGACGGGCAGAUGGUUCUGCGGACAAUGGGCUGUCCAAGGAUAUAGAUGGCCUGACAUUUGACGAGAAGCCCACAUUCUACGGAGACAUGAUGGAAGCCAAGAGCCCCGAGGUGGAGGUCGCUGAAGAAGCCAAAGCAGUGCCGGUGUCGACGCAUGUGGAAGAUUCAAGCAACUUGCAAGACGUGUCACCCACUCAAGAGAACGCAAAAGGAGAUGCCCCGGCGGUGGACCCCAUGGCUGGAGGAGAACCCCACCCUGAAGGACACUAAGGCUGCCUGUUUUUGCUGCCCGUGUGAUGCAAUCCUUCGCCCCCAGGGCAUCGUUUGUCCAAAGGUGCUUUCUACACUGUUUGGGAUUACUUGUUGCCGCGUGGUGCUGGUUUCCUGCAUUCGUGCGGCUGCCUUUCAAUGUGGGCUAUCCAGGGUUGGGGUUCUAUUUUUCUUUUCCCCGAGAUAUCUGCAACGUCACACUGCGAAACCGCCCCGUUUUACGAAAGCUCAGUGUUGCUUCUGUGCAAUGCGACAGGGAUCUUUCGAACUGCAUCCUUAAGUCAGAUAGAAUACCUGUCUAGCGCAUCUUAUGGUGCGUCGCCUGUCUAUGGGUGCGACUUGUCAUUUGUUUGGUGCUUCUAGUUUGCUUGACAGUGCAGCUCUUUCCUCGUUUCGUGAUUUUGAAUAAUAUAAGGCCUAUGGCAUUUGCAAGUAUUGCUGCGUUGUACAAUACUCGCGGAUUGAAACGCUAUAUGUGCAGUUACUCGAGAGUGCUACGCUGUGUCGCUACGAAUCUGGUCAUUAAAGGUAAUGCGGACUGUGAUCUUGAGUGAACGAGCCAAAAUUACGCCGAUGUCGCACGAACGGUACGCGGUGGAAACUAAAGUAUGCGCAUUAGUUAGCCCUGUGUAAAUGCAUCCCAUUCCGUGAGUAUAGUACAUGUCGAAUCUUCAAGCUAUGCCGUACGAAGUGAAGGUAUACUUGCAAGCCUCUUAUUUAAAGCGCUGGAUAGCUCGUCGCAUUUUUCAAAUGUCCAUAAGAUGGGACCACUUUGCAGCGUAAAUAAGUAGGAUUGUGUCAAUGUGUGCUACACCUAUUCGUGGCAGUCAGUUAAGAGAGCUUAUUAUGAAGUUAUUGGAAGCCUCUAUUGGCAUAAAUUUGUUUGGUACGGUGAAUCAAAGGUGACCACCUGUUCCUAGCAGAACUGAAGCAGUAUUAGUGUGCUUUAGCAUAGCGCAGAUGUUAUAUACUGGAAGACAUGUUCGAGGCCAGUAAUGACGUCUUGUGACGUUUUGAUCAAUAUAUAAUGCGCUGGAAGCAUCAUUCUUGUAUUCCACUACCCUUCUCUUUGACAAAUGAAAGGGGCAGGAUUACCUUUGUGAUGACCAGCUUGCCCACAAGUUCAAGUCAGGAAGUUUUAAGCGUUUGCAAUAAGAGUUCUGUACGCUUUGAACACGGCAUCAUAGGAUGUUGCUGCUCGUACUGCUUUUCACAUCUACGUCUUCCAGUAUUGUGGCACAAGUCUGCGCUAUGCAAAGACUUUCUUGUCAUAGCGCUAGUUCAAUGGCAAAGGCUGUGCGAAGCUUGCUUGGCAAUUGUCGGCGAGUGUAAUGUACUACGAGACGCAUCAGAGGGCAAUGACAUCGGCAGCAUGCUGUCAUGUUACGCACAACUUGGCACCAGAACUCAUCGUUUGCUGCCAGUCAUGAUAAGUGCCUGCUGAGCAGAGCUUCGUCCUGACAUGAUGAGGACGGAGUUAGUUGUGUAGCUGCACAUUGUUGAACAGGCUGUGUGCAUGCGAAGACAAUUACCUAAGCAGGGAUGGUGCGCUGUUGACAUAUCUCUAGCAGCAAAUGUUCCUCGGAAGGCUCCGAAACUGCAGCUGAUAUUAAUUUGCCAUUCAGGCAUCCAUUCAUGUUGACAGAGUGCGAUAUCUUCCUUUUUUUUUUUUUAAUGCAUAUCAAGUUGCACUUUCUGUUAGCAUAUACAUGUGCCAGAGCAAGAAAUUAUGCAGUGCUUGUAUGCCUUUACAGGGGAGCCACUGCUGCAUUAAAAAAAAAAUUUUUUUUUCGAUCCCAGAACAAUGUUAUUGCGGGGUUUACAGUUGUGUUUAGAGAAGAUGCUAGCAUUCGUUUAUGUCAAUCCAGGCUCUGAUGUCAAAGAAAUGUCUAGGCCAUGAUUGGGGGCCAGCAAUAUGCCAACAAUGCUCCAUGUGGAGCAUGAGCCACAUGGCGCAAAGUUGAGCUUUGCCUGGGUGGUUGAUUACACUGUGUUUGCACUUUCACGUCUUUUCCAGGCCAACUUUUACAUAGAGGGGAUUUCCCAGUGUGUUUGUUUCCUGUUAGACAUUAAUUUAUAGCUGUAUUGGUUGAUGCAUUUUUAGUUGUGCUGUGCUGCUUCUCGAACAACUGCUUUCAGACUUGGUUUGCGGACAUUUUUUGUGUGAAGCUAGUGCGUAUGGAGCUGCUUAGACAAUCCAAAUUGAACAGUACAGUGUUUCUUGCCAGCUCUUUUUCUUCAUGCAGAUGGAACUGCAUUGCUUAUUAAUGUGUCUAGCUUUAGGAUACAAUUGAAUCUGUUUUCAAGUGCUUGAAAACUGAUCACUGCACAAUGUUUACUGUUUGUGCAAGAUGCAUCAUGGCAGUCGUCACUCACACUUUUUUAAGAAGAGCAAACUUGUCUACUGCGUAAUGCAUAUCGAGAAUGUAAAUUUCAGCUCGGGUAAAAUAUCAUCAAUUAUGUACUGCGCAGUCGGACAAUCUGCAAUCAAGAUGCAACGUUUUGUGCAUGUUUUCUUGAAGUUGAUUGCCGUGUGUGAAAGGGGUAUGUAUGAAAGUUUAUGGCAAGAAUCGAAACUGAUGUUUGAAUUUCAUGUUGUGGUGUGCAAUUAAUUUACAGCAGCGGAUGCCAACAUUGUGAAGUUGUUUUAUUUCUUUUACUAGCCUCUGGUUUUUUUGUGUUGUCCACUGUCUUCUUAAAUUAUGAACCUAGGUUUAAAGCUUUGCCUGCUGUCCAUGACAAG